AUGGAAGGAUACAACGGCGCGACUCGACAGAAAUGGCAAGUACCGACUUCAAGAAGCGACAAGAAUGAUCUGCCCACUGGCGUUCCCUUGCCUUAUUCCGCCACUGAAACGAAUCCACCGACAUCAGCACAAGAACCUCAACCUAGCAUGGGGAAAAGGGAUGGGAGUGUCAAUUCUACCUCUGGAGCACACGGUCCUGCGGCUUGUCUUCAUGAGGAUCUCAGGGUGUUGGGGCUCCGAGGGCGGAGGGCGGUUGCUGCGAGGCGACCACCUGGAAGAGUGGAGCUGGAGAGGCAACGUGCUGAGAGAGAGCGUGCUGAGAGAGAGCGUGCUGAGAACGAGAUUCCCGAGUUGGAGUUGGAGUUGAAUGGGAAGGCUGGAGGGAAAGCAGCUGGAGAAGUUGUUGAGAGUGGCUAG